UUAUUGCUUAAAGCUUAGCAUUAAAGUUAAGAAAAAAAAAAACAAUUUUUUUUUUCAAAAUGUUUUCAAAUUAUUAUUGUCGUUGUUGUUUAACUAAAACUGGUGUUUUAUUAACAUUAAAUUCUCAAUCUUCACACAUGGAUGGCAAAACUUUACUAGAGUAUUUUAAUUUAGUUUUUACAUCUUACGCCUUAGGACAUGAGGCAUCAACGGAAUAUAUUUGCUUGAGAUGCAGUAAAGCAUUGCAAGUAUCUUAUCAUUUUAUUAAUAUGGUUAAGGCUGCUAAAAGUAGUAGUGUUCCUUUAGAAGUUGAGCAGGAGGGAGUCACGUUUUUGGGCAAUGUAACAAGUAAAGAAAAUCAACAACACACUAAACAAGAAACAAACUCUCUAACAAGUUUUGAAACCCGAUUUAAACAGCAAAUAAAGAAAAGUGAUUUACUAGCAAAACAAUUUGAACCCGCAAAAAUAACAAAUUCCUAUAAAAUAUUAAAAAAGGAUUUAACUAAAGAUGCUGGUACAUCUAUAGAAACUGUACAACAAAUAAAAAAUACCGAUUUCAAAUGUACUAUUUGUAAUAAAUAUUUUGUAGAUCGAAAGGGAUUUUAUGAACACAACAAACAGCAACACAAAGAUAUUGCUCCUUUCAAAUGUAAAUUGUGCAGUUUUUACACCUGCUAUACGGAAAGUCUUUUCAAACAUUGUCAAAAGGUUCAUGGUCUCAACAAUGUGCAACUUAAUUUAUAUCAAACUAAACAAGUCACCAAUGUGACUAAAAGAAAUCCUCAAUUUGAAAUCACUUACAUCUGCAUACAAUGCAACUUUAAAGGACGUACCCAAACUCACAUAGAUGCUCAUUUAUUAGAGGCUCAUUUAAUAGAUGAAGACAAGUAUCUAUUUAUAAAUCAUUACUUUAAUUGUCCCUCUUGUUAUCGUUCAUUUAAUGAUCUUAAAUCGGCCAAAAUACAUUAUACCAUGUAUCACAAUUGUACUUAUAAAAGAAACAACAUAUAUGGCAAUAGAAAAUAUGCUUGCGAAAAAUGUGGUAAAUUUUUUGAUUUAAAAUCCAGCUUAUUUUUACAUAAACGUAUCUGUGAAACACGUCGUGCUGUUAAUUGUAAUUUUUGUAAACGAAAAUUUACCUCAGUCUUAAAAUAUGAACAACAUUUGCAGGCUCAACAUUUAGUGGCCAUUAAACAUGAAUGUGAAAUAUGUAGUAAAACCUUUAGUUGUUCUGAGUACUUAGCGGUACACCGCAAAAGGCACAAUGAACGUUAUCAUCAAUGUGAUUUAUGUUCUAAAAAUUAUAUUAGUAAUGCUGAACUGAAAGUUCAUAAGCAACGUAUACAUGGUCAGAAAUGUAUUAACAUAAGAAAUUCGCAGUCUAAUAAACGUUAUUUCAAAUGUAACUUUUGCGAUUUUAUAUCUUGCUCCAAUUUUGCCAUAAGAGUACAUCAAUAUAAACACACGGGCAAACCUUAUAAAUGUCCAAAAUGUCCUAAAGAAUUUGCUUUGCGUAAAGACCUAAGUCAGCACUGUGAAACGCAUCAUUCUUUUAGUAUAACCAAUGAAGAAAUGGCCAAAUUGUUUCAACAAUAUCAUGGUUACACCAGUCGUUUUGAUGCCUUUUCCAAACAAAAUAAUAAUUUGGAUAUUGUGGAAAUUAAUGAUUUAGAAUUGGAAGUUGAACUAAAGGAAUUUGGUUUAACUUUACAAGAUAUUAUGGAUGAUUUGUUUGAGGAUGAUAAUGUUAAAUAAAUAACAUAUGUUGUUUGUAA